CUUGUUCAAUGUCCAUCGUAUUUUCUUCUUCUCCAAAAGAAAAAAAGCAGUGAACAAGAAAUGAAGCUCCUUAAUACAGCUCUGGUGAUCCUUCUCCUAACGAUGAUCGCCGUCUCAUCGGCGAUAGAUAUGUCGAUCAUUUCCUACGAUAAAAAUCACCACACCAUCUCCGCGGGCAGCCGGAGCGACGCCGAGGUUUAUAAACUCUACGAGGAGUGGCUAGUGAAACACGGGAAGGUUCAGAAUUCUCUUACAGAGAAAGACCGACGGUUCGAGAUCUUUAAAGACAAUCUCCGUUUCAUCGACGACCACAACGGGAAGAAUCUUAGUUACAGAUUGGGUCUUACGAAGUUCGCGGAUCUCACUAACGAUGAGUAUAGAUCCAUGUACGUCGGCUCUAGGCUCAAGAGGAAAUCCACAAGGACCAGCCUUCGCUACGAGGCGCGUGUAGGUGACGCGCUCCCGGAGAGCGUUGACUGGAGGAAGGAAGGUGCGGUGGCUGAGGUUAAAGAUCAGGGAAGCUGCGGGAGUUGUUGGGCGUUUUCAGCCAUCGGGGCAGUGGAGGGCAUAAACAAAAUCGUGACCGGAGACUUAAUAUCUUUGUCAGAGCAAGAAUUGGUUGAUUGUGACACUUCAUACAAUGAAGGUUGUAACGGAGGCCUCAUGGACUAUGCCUUUGAGUUCAUUAUGAACAACGGUGGAAUUGAUACAGAGGAAGACUAUCCAUACAAGGGUGUUGAUGGACGUUGUGACCAGACCAGAAAAAACGCUAAAGUUGUCACGAUUGAUUCAUAUGAGGAUGUGCCUGCCAAUAGCGAAGAAUCCUUGAAGAAAGCACUUUCUAACCAACCAAUUAGCGUCGCCAUUGAGGGUGGUGGUCGUGCGUUCCAGCUCUAUGAUUCAGGUAUAUUCGAUGGAAUUUGCGGAACAGAUCUGGACCACGGAGUUUUGGCGGUCGGAUACGGAACAGAGAACGGCAAAGACUACUGGAUUGUGAAAAACUCAUGGGGGUCAAGCUGGGGAGAGAGCGGGUACAUAAGGAUGGAGCGUAACAUUGCAGCUUCAGCCGGAAAAUGUGGAAUCGCUGUGGAGCCUUCAUAUCCGAUCAAAAAUGGCCAAAACCCACCAAACCCAGGACCUUCACCUCCAUCUCCGAUCAAGCCUCCAACCCAAUGUGACAGUUACUACACAUGUCCCCAGAGCAACACUUGUUGUUGUCUCUUUGAGUUUGGCAAGUACUGCCUUUCUUGGGGAUGUUGCCCACUAGAAGCAGCCACUUGUUGUGAUGACAACUAUAGUUGCUGCCCUCACGACUACCCCGUUUGUGACCUUGAUCAAGGAACUUGUUUAAUGAGCAAGAACAGUCCGUUUAGUGUCAAGGCCUUAAAGCGCAAACCUGCAACGCCAUUCUGGUCACAUGGCAGGAAGAACAUUGUGUAAAGAGAAGAUGGAGACACCGCACAUUUGCUUUUUCAUAGACGACUCCUGACUCAUCGGAGCAGAGAGAUCUCUGAAGAGAUUUGUCAGAUGCUUUUAAUGUUGUUGUUUAUGCCAUAACUAGAUACAUAAAAAUGCAGCUGCUGGGUUUCGUGUAUAUAUAAAGAACCAUAAGCUGCAUUUAAGCUCUACGUUGGGUUUCGUUGAUGCAAUGUUAUUAUGGAAGUAUCCCUUAUAUUCUAUAAAAUGAAGUUCCACGUUUCCUUUUGC